AUGAACUUCCCGGACUCGUUGCGGAGACCCGUGUUCCGUCUUCGACUUUCAUCUGCGGUACCGACGCUGUUCAUUCAUCAUUACCGUUGGAAAUAUUCCCUUUUCGCCGGUAGAUUGAUAGAUAGAAACCGGAGUAGGCAAAAUAAAACUCCUAUACGAGUCUGCUUCUCCUGUAAAGAAAAAGAAAAAGAAGAAAGAUACAAACCCGCCCCGGGACUUUCUAACUUGCUUCCACCACCACCCCAGCCAAAAAGACAAAAGACAAUGUCCCCUAAUCCAAGCACCAUCAUCCUAGCUCUAUGGCGUGAUGCCACCGCUGCCGCUGCCGAAGAAUUGAAAAUCUCCUACGCGACAAAAUACCCUCGAGCCAAGAUCUUUUUACUCCGAGGAGGAGGAGGAGGAGGAGAAGAAGAAAACAAGCAGCAGCAGCAGCAGCAGCUACUUCUUCUAGCUGAUAAAAAUCAAAAUGAUAAUGAUAAUCAUAAUAAUAACGACGACGACGACCACCUCCUCCUCUCCACAACCAAAAAUUCCAUCCUCAUACACAUCUCCGACCACCACGCCGCAACUCAAAUUUGCCAAUUCCUUCGAACACAUCUCUCGCGAACUGGCAACGUUCUCGAUGUUAGGACUGUUAUUUUCGACCAUAAAAACAAGCCACCACCAUCCACAUCUCUGAGGCGUUGGUGGAUUCUUCCCUCUUCUUUACUGUGGUGCUGGUGGCCAAGCAAUUUCAUAUCUUUCCUCGCAAUCUGGAUUUUCCGUCGAAUGGUAGGAGGAGGAGGAGGAGAUGAGAGUCUUUAUUGUCGUUGGACUUGGAUACGACAUGAUUUUGUGGAUGGGGGGAUUUUGCCUGGGGAUGUGAGGUUGGAGUUUUUGGGGAGGAAGUCAAUGAUGAAGAAGAAGGAGAGGGAGGAGAGGAAUGGUGAUGAUGAUGUUUGUGAAGAAGAGUUGUUGAUUGGGGGUGGUGUAUGGUUUUCGGAUUGGGUGGGUUGA